AUGAGAAAGGACAAGGAAGACAUGUAUAUCCAUUCAGAAUGUUCAGUAAGUUACAAUGCUCAGAGAGGCUGCUCCUUAAUGGGGGGUAUGGGUAUGGAUAUUCAAACGGCAAGCAGAGAUUUGGUCUGUACCAUUCACGGGGAUGCCAAGUUCCACAAUCUGCCUUGGAACACUACUGGAGGUGGCAUUUCUGUUACUAAGUUUGGCAACAAGUACUUUGCUGGUGCCAAGUUAGAAGACUCUGUUACCAUUGGGAAACGGGUUAAACUGGUAGCCAACGCCGGUAGAAUGGCUGGCUGUGGGCAAGUGGCACAUGGAGGUGGUGUGGAGAUAACAGCAAGGGGGAAAGAUUACCCUGUGAGGGAAGAGAGUGUCAUGGCAGCAGUCUCCGCUUUGUCAUUUGAAAAGGAAACUGUAAUACAAGUGUUACUUUGUCGAUAUGGAAAAAGAAAUCCUCCACAUAAGAACAGAUUGAUCAUAAAUAAUGAAGUUAAAAGCACCCAGUAA